UUAAUAUAAUUCCCCAAUGCAUGAUAUACAUUCCUAUAUUUGACACAUAUUCGUUUAUUAGUAACACAAAUAAAUAAUACAUACAGAGUUUGGGCUAUUAAGAAAUAAUCAACAUUUCCGACUAUAUAUACACACACGCAUACACAGAUAACACAGGCGUCUUCUUCCUUCGUUCAGAUCAGAGUUUUCCGACAGAAAUGGCGACCAAAGUUUACGUUGUUUAUUAUUCGACGUACGGACAUGUGGAGAAGCUUGCGCAGGAGAUCAAGAAAGGGGCCGAUUCGGUGGAAGGAGUGGAGGCUCAGUUGUGGCAGGUGCCGGAAACUCUGCCGGAAGAUGUUCUCGCCAAGUUAGGCGCUCCGGCGAAGAGCGACGCGCCGGUGAUCACUCCCGAUCAGCUUGCCGAGGCCGACGGAUUCAUAUUCGGCUUUCCGACUAGAUUCGGCAUGAUGGCUGCGCAGUUCAAGGCGUUCCUCGACGCCACCGGCGGGCUGUGGAGGACUCAGGCCCUCGCCGGAAAACCCGCCGGAAUAUUCUACAGCACCGGUUCCCAAGGCGGCGGCCAAGAAACCACACCGUUGACUGCCGUGACUCAGUUGGCUCACCACGGCAUGAUAUUUGUGCCGAUCGGGUACACAUUUGGGGCCGGAAUGUUCGAGAUGGAGAAGAUAAAGGGAGGGAGUCCUUACGGCGCGGGAACCUUCGCCGAAGAUGGAUCGCGGCAGCCUUCCGAGCUCGAAUUAGGGCAAGCUUUUCAUCAGGGAAAGUAUAUUGCAGGCAUUGCCAAGAAGCUCAAAUCACCUGCUGCCUGAAUCCAAAUGCCAUACUUAAUUUAUCCCAAUUUCGAUCGGUUUAACGUUGUUUGACAAAGAAGAUUAUUUGUUUUUUCAUUUCAAUAAUGGACAAGAAUUCCUUUCAUUUCGUAAUUUUAUGUUCACCACAAAAAU